CAGAGUCUAAAAAGAUGAAUCAAUCUGAGGCUAGUAUUUAGCUAAACAUUAGGUAGAUUUUUUUUGGGGGGGGCGGGGAAUUUACAUCUUGUUGAUUAUGCACAAAGAUGAGAGCGGAAGCAGGAUAUUUCUUCGGUCCCCGCUUCUGCUUUUUCAUCUCUGAAACGGUUUCUUGAUCAUGUACAGUGCACAAUGUGUGUUAGUGAGUGCGUAUAGUCAGAAUGUGUUAUUGGUUUAUUUCUGAACAUAAAUGUUCGUCCUUUUUUUUUUAAACAAACGGAAUUUGUUUCGGGUUGAUUAAACAAUGAAGGAAAUCUGGGUUAUUCUGGUGGUCAUUUCAGGUGUAUUGUGUGGAGAUUGGGGAGUGACAUUCAAGGAUCAAUGUGCUUUGGAAGGGACGACGGUAGUUGUGAGUUGCCAGUAUGACUACCCUUUUCCUCACUUUGUGACAUCAGUUCGCUGGGUUCCAGGUCAAUGGCAGUUUGGCAGGUGGGUCUGGGACAUAUCCAGGUCCAUCCCACCCCACUUUGAAUACGUGGGCACCUACUGGGGAGACUGCAGUCUGAAGAUCAAUAACGUCAAACAUACCGAUGAAGGAUACUAUCUCUUUCGUUUUGAGACGUCGCUGAACAGAUGGAUGAGCAAAAAUGCACUUCAUUUGUCAGUAAAAGACCUGACUGCUGUUGUGGAGCCAAACACAGUGACAGAAGGCCAAUCUGUCAGCCUGACGUGCAGGAGCGAGUGUGGCACACCGAGGCAUGUUUGGUACCGAGAUGGGAAAGUGAUACCACAGCCGGUCUUCCAGGCCAGCAGGAAAGAUUCUGGGAAGUACUACUGUGCUGUCGCCGGGCAAGAGAAGAUCAAAUCGGCCUCUGCGGCUUUAAAUGUUCAAUAUGCUCCAAGCAACGUUGUGUUGUCAAUGACACCACCGGCAGACAUCAUAAAUGGAAGCUCUGUGACUCUCAGCUGCAGAGGUGAUGCCAACCCACCCAUUCCACCAAGUAGCUACAGCCUGUAUAAGGGCAAGCAAUUGAUAAGUUCCGGACCAAGUCACACCAUCUCUCUUCUUCAGCCCAGCCACAGUGGACUGUAUCACUGUCAGGCCUCAAACAAUAUCAGCGUGAGGGGCGUCACAUUUGUGAAAUCGACUGAGCUCAAUCUGGAUGUGCAGUAUCUGCCAAGUGUUGCUGAUGGCAAUAGUGUCAAUGUGAUGUGCAGCGGCAGAGCCAACCCUGCCAACCACAGCUAUGUGUGGUACAAGUGGACGAGCUCCAGCUCCCUGCUCCAAGUGGGCUCGGGACAACUUCUGUUACUUUCCUCCAUGGAAACGCCCCACACUGGAAUCUACCUCUGCCAGGCCUCGAGCCAACUUGAAGUCAUCAACUCGACGAAAAUCCUUCUCGCAAUGGAGGAACAGCCUUCUUAUGGUCACCUGUCUGUCCCAAUACUUGGUGGACUUGGAGGCUGUAUUUUUGCUAUACUUAUUGUAGCUCUUCUUUUCCUCCGGAAGAAACAGAGGAAGACAGAGAAAAAGUGUGUGACGGCGGGACUCCAUCACCAACUUAGUUAUUUUUGUAGCCUGACGACCCAUCGACGACAACUUUGUGGUGCAUAAUGGCUGCAAUUUUGGUACCAGCACAUCUCUGGUUGGUUGUGAAAUGUCACACCUGUUACUAACUGUCCCUGACUCUGUUCAUAAUUUAUAAACAGACUUUCUAGGCAAAGCUUUCUUGUUUCCUCUGCAGUGUGUCCGGGCUCUCCCUUAGACAUAAAAUGAGAAGCUCUAUCGUCCACGAGGGGUUCAUAAUAAUCUAGCCACUGCGUCUCUACAUUGAGAGAUGCUAGAUGAAGUGGCUUGGGCAUCUUGCCAGGAUCCCACCUGGACGCUUCCUUGAUGAGGUGUUCCGGGCAUAUCCCACUGGGAGGAGGCCACAAGGGCACUCAGGUUACGCAGGGGAGACUAUUUCUCCCUGCUGGCUUGGAAACACCUCGGGAUGUCCCAAAAAGAGCUGGAUGAAGUGGUUAGGAAAAGAAGUGUCUGGGCUUCCCUGCUUAGGUUUGUGGUCCCACGACUCAACUUCGGAUAAGCGAAGAAGAAUGAAUGAAUGAAUGAAUGAGUAUAUCGAGAGUUUUAAAAAGUUGCCUUUUUUUGGGGCUCUCUGAAAAUUGGACACUGGAUUUUUUUUCACUGUGGUUAUGAGGGAUGGCUCUAAGUUUCUCU